GUGGGGUUGAGGGGUGAAGGGUUUGGGGGUCGUAAGGAUGGAAUUAAUCUAAUGGGCGGAGGGGGAGUAGAGGAUAUGGGGAUCGGGAUGGACGUGGACACGGCCAUGGAAUGGAGAGGACAGAGGUGGAUUACUAUGAGGGUGUGGAUGGGCGUUUGGAAACGCACACCAUGGCCAGUCGUCCCGAGGCACCGCGAAACGCAACCGUCCACCCGACCAGCUAUUUUAAACCCGCCCAUACGUUGCUGCACCAGGGCCGAGCGGACGGGAAGCCGCAAGGCUGUCUGCCUGUCUCACUACGCAGACCUUGGAGACUCUCGAGUCCAACGUAUCUGGAAUCACCAUGGUUAACACUAUCGGUGCUUGCCGAUGUGUGCGCACUACCCGCUAUGUUAGCACCGUGUACCGUCACAGUCAUGGGUUCGGGUAGCUACGCCAACCAAGGGGCGUGGGACGCGUGUGUAGGCUUCCGAAGAGGACGGAACUCUGUAUACAACAGUGGUGUGGGGUUGCCGUACGGGGUGGAGGGACUGAACUUCUCUGUACCUGUAUUACUGCUUGUUACAGCCAUAUUGUUAUGUUAUUCCAGCGUUGUUUCAAUGUUAUAGACCCGGCCUGGGCAGAUAUAGGACGAGGCUUAGCUGCCUCAAUUCAACAACUUCACUCAAGAUUUGGGCUUAAGACACUCUACCCGCAGAGCGUCCCGCAUUGCGUACUGAUACAAGCGCGGUCCACACAUUCUGUCCAGCGUUUUAGAAAACCA